AUGUUCAGUCUUAUCAAAAUCCUGAGGCUAGCCGGCAUUGCUGGGCCCGGGGUGCUGGCAGCUGAGCUCAGUGCCUACAAUGUUGAUCCCAACUCAGUGUCAGUUUCUGGAUUCUCUGCUGGAGGAUUCAUGGCGGCGCAGCUCGGUGUUGCCUACUCCGAUACCUUCAAAAUCGGCUUCGGUGUACUUGCUGGGGGCCCGUAUGAUUGCGCUCGAAACCAACAUUACACCAAUUGCAUGUACAACCUGACUCCAUCCAUCACGCAGCCAGUGGCCAACAUGAAGUCCUGGAGUGGAAACCAAAUUGACCCUAUUGCCAACCUCCCCAACCGCAAGAUUUAUAUGCAGGUCGGAUCGGCAGACACCACCGUGGGGCCAAAACCAUUAAAUCAGUUGAAAGCGCAGCUGGCCAACUUUGUUGGCCAGUCCAAGGUCUCAUUCGUGACGACUAAUGGAGCUGCUCACGUUUUCCCUACCGAUUUUAGCGCGACUGGCAACACCAAUUGUGGCCGGGCUGCUUCCCCUUACAUCAGCAACUGCGGUUAUGAUGGUGCAGGUGAUGUUUUAAAGUGGAUGUAUGGCGCUCUUAAUCCUCGAACCAACCGUGCACUAUCUGGCACCCUCGUGUCUUUCGCGCAGACCGGCACGAAGGGGGCCUCCGGAAUGGACACUACUGGGUAUCUGUAUGUGCCCCAGGUGUGUCAAGACGGUUCCACUGUAUGUAAGCUACAUGUAGCCCUGCAUGGAUGCCAGCAGAGCUACGGCCAUAUCGGAUCUAAGUUCAUCGAUAAUACUGGCUAUAACAAGUGGGCAGAUGCGAACAAAAUCAUCAUCCUCUAUCCACAGGCAAAGGUGGACCACACUGUUCAUUCCAUAUGGGGUGGGACUAUGCUGUCUAACUCUAAUGCUUGCUUUGACUGGAUGGGCUGGUAUGGAUCAAAUGCUGAUCAGAGAGGAGGUGCUCAAGUUGCUGCCAUGGUCAACCAAGUCAAUAAGAUCACUAGUGGUUACACAGGCUAGUGGUGACGUAAGUAGUAAGAGAUAUCUCACAGACUCCACUUAUGUUUGGGAUAUGGCUAAGGGAGGGAGAAUCUGCGCGUUCCGUUUGCAUAGGAAUUCCAGGCCAGAUUGAGAAUUUUCGGAGCUGCCCCAUAAUCCACGAGCCACUUCGAUAGUAUAUGGAUAUGUCAUUUCUGCUCAUGGCGAACGAUAUUAGAUAAUGUCCACAUGGUAUAAAUCGCCUUGUAAUUAGAGAUUGGGAUAUAAGCAUAUAGUACGCUGGCUGCGGGAUAGUUGUG